AUAACUCUAUUGCAUACAGUAAAAGCACUAGAUUUAUUUGAAUAGCAGUUUUAUUGCAGCUGUAAAUCAAUACAUACAGGGUAGGCUUUCUGUAAGCCUCGUCGAUAUUAUAGUAUUUUCUAUACAUACACUGUAUAUACUUAUAUGUUGACAAUUACUACAGCAGAAAUACACCCUGACGGAAUGGGUACUGCACAAAUAUUUCUGUGGUGCAUAAAUAACUUAAUGAUGGAUUGGAAAUUAUGCAGCCCGUAAUUUGGUAACACCAAGCGACAGAACAUUUAACAAGAUGGAGUUUGUGACUUGGGGAGGGGGAAUUUGUCUUAAAGCCUGCAUUAGUGUAUUGGUAUUGAGAUUUGUUCACUCUAGAAUUGUGCCUAUCGAAGGUUUAAGCCAUGUUUCAAAAUCACCCCAGGGCGACAAUGUGUUGAGCUUUUUGGUACUCGGAGAUUGGGGAGGUGUCCCGUAUUCUCCAUUUUAUUCAUCCUACCAAAAAGCAGUGGCCAGCGCUAUGGGUGUCACAGCUAGCAUGAUCGAAGCAGAGUUUGUUCUUUCCCUUGGAGACAAUUUUUAUGAGGACGGGGUAAAAUCUGUGGACGACCCAAGGUUUAAGGACACAUUCGAAGAUGUCUACACGGCGCCUUCUCUGCAAGUCCCCUGGUACACAAUCCUUGGAAACCACGACUAUCAUUCAAAUGUACGUGCUCAGCUAGAAUAUACACAGAAAUCAAAAAGAUGGAAUUUUCCUGACUUUAACUAUACAUUGACAUUCCCUAUUGUCAAGGACUCGGAAAAGACAGUGCAGAUUUUAAUGCUGGACACUAUUUUAUUGUGUGGAGUCAGCGGGUCAAUUCAUCCAGACGAUCCACCCUUUGGUCCAGAAAAUCCUGAAAAGGCUGAAGAAAAUUGGAUAUGGAUAGAAGAGAAGUUAAGAUCAUCGAGAUCUGACUUUCUGAUUGUUGCGGGGCAUUAUCCUAUUCUCUCAAUAGGCAAACAUGGGCCAACCGAUUGUCUUAUGGAGAGGCUAAAGCCAUUGUUAUACAAAUACAGGGUGAACGCAUAUCUUUCGGGCCACGAUCACAAUUUACAGCAUUUGAGGCAUACAGAGCAUGAAUGGAAUGUGGAUUAUUUCGUGAUAGGCAGUGCGGCAAGAAUGGACAACCAAAGGUUGCACAUAAACAAUGUCCCUGAGGCAUCAUCAAAGUUUUUCUCCGCUGAAGAGAGAUCAAUGGGUGGCUUUGGUUAUGUUCAACUAAACGAAUAUUUAAUGAAUCUCACACUAUUCAACGGUCUAAAUCAAGAUGUAUACCACGUGACCAUGACGAACAGACAAACAACUGAGGCUGGUGAAAGCAAUGCAAAUACAUCCGGAAACGAAGUUCCAAAUAUUGUAAAUAAUGAAAAAGGUGUAAAAAAUGAUGCAUCAACAACAGUGAAGGGUGUCAGAAAAGACAAAAGUGUCGCACAAAACAUUAAGAGUGACACAACAACUUCAUCCGAUUUUCUAACGAAAUCAGCAGAGAUCUAUGCAAAAUCAUCGAUAAUUAGUGCUAAGUCAAUAAUAAAUAAUUUAAAGUCAACAAAAAAUAAUGAAAAGUCAACAGGAUAUAGUCAUCAAUCAACGUUACUUGAUGCCGCGUCAACAAUUAGUUCUUUUACGUCAUCAACAGUAAGUGAUUUAAAAUCAACACUAAUCAAAGCUACGUCAACAGUGAAUGAUAUAAAAACAACUAAAGCACAAAUGUCAAAUGUGGAAGAUCGAUUAAAGACAAUGAUGCAUGACAGGAAAACUACAAAGCCCGCUUCUGAAGGAAAAGCAGAGAUAGAUGGUAAUGAUAACACGGAACCUAAACAUGGUUUUAAGAUACCGGAAGAGUGGCCAAUAAUGUAG